AUGGCAGACAUCGAGACGGCUGCCGCCGCCGCAGUCGUCGACGACGACUCCUCCCUGAUGGCUGUUCCUGAUGCUCCUGAUGCUGCUGCUGGCGAUCGUCCUCUCUCCGAAGAAGCAGGCGACGACCAACCUGCCACCUCACACAGCACCGUAAGCGCCACCGUCGGCACGCGUCGACAAGCCAACGGUACAAUCGGAUCGGUAUACUCGGGCAACAAAAUCAAACACCUGAAAAAGGAAGAUGGAAUCCCGCUAUGGCGCAAGGACAUUCAGUAUCAGUUUCUGAAGCUGGUCUUUGAGGACAAGACGCCUGUGUUCACGCGCAAUUCGGACGGUGCCAAAAAACUCGAUUUCGCGGAUGUGUAUAUCGAUGCCAUGGCGCGGAGUAGUAAGACGAGUAAGAUUCUCAAGGAUAAGUUGCAGAAUGAUAAGCAGGCGGCUAUUAGUAUGGCUAUGAUUUGUUUGUUGGUGAAUUUUGGGAGGAUGAAUACUACAUUGAACUUUUUCCCCGAAAUGCGAGCGCAGCUGCGAACGUAUCAUUCGAUUCCGUCUUUACAAGCAGAGCAAGAUCCCAACGCAUACAAACAACUCCAGGACGCGCCCCGUCUCAAGUCAAUCCUGAAAGGCGCUUCGGAAGACAUGGACCAGCCGCCUACCAUCGAGAAGAUCAAAGACGGCUCGGUGCCGCGUACCAACCCGGUCCACCUCAUUUUCCUUCUGGCACAGUACGCGCCCAAGAUCUCCGAGACGCAUUUCUUUGCGCCUCGCGACUUUUUCGAUCUCGUCAUGCGCAGCACACUCAGCAGCAAAAGCAGGGCGAGGGCGUUUUUGUGGCUCAUGUGGUGGUACCUCGAAAGCGACUUCACCCGGGAGGCCGCCUUGAACAAUCCGUUUGGCGCUGGUCUGGAAGGAGAAGGUGCCGGCGGGCUUCCUAUCAAGGUGCCGGCAUUCGAGAGCUUGACCGAGGACCAGGCGAACGAGGAGAACAAAGAUAGUCCUGAGGAGAUCAAAUACGGAGAAGAAAAGCGCCUGGAGCGCAAGCGUAUUCUGGAAGAAGACGAGCCUCUGCCCAGAAUCACCAAACGGUCCAAAAAGCAAGAGUCGGGCUAUGACGAUGGUUUGAUUGGCUCUGCCAAUUCUACGCCACUGCAUCCGUCUACGCGUCGUAUUGUUGGGGUUGAUGAAGAGGAGGACUGGUCCACGCCAGGGUCCUCUGCUCGCCCUCGCUACAAGAAGCCUAAGCGGGAGUCGUCUCUCAACCGAUCCACAGGACAGCGUCUUGUUCUCAAGACGAGAAUGGAUCAGACUUCGGACGCGGCCUCGCCGGCGCCACCGGGUUCCAGCCAUCCUGUACUUAAUCAGUUUGUCAACGAUUCUGCAGUGCCGGCGCAUGGCCUACCUACUCGGCGGCCACGACCGCUUACCCAGCACCAGCUAGCUGUGGAGCAGAACCGCCGGCACCGCAUUGAAUACCUGCUAGCGCAACGGAAAACCGAAGUCUUCAAGGUGAUACGGAACCGUCGAGAGAGAGAACCGGCUAUUCUCCGCUACAAGCGGAUUCUUCAGGAUUUGCCUAAUACUAGAUCAAUCGAAGAGGAAGAUUUCUGGGGCAACGGGAACACGCAGGAAGACUAUGGAGAGGCCGCUCACUACUUCUUGUCAGUCAUUCGCAAGGCUUCUAGACGACUGGACCGCUGGGACUGGGAAAAGGCCAAUGGACCAACCAAAGACCGCAAAAAGGUACGCGAAGAGCGCCAAAGGGCAUACCAGAACGGAUCCGCCGCUGGACGCGCCAGCGGAGGACGUACUGGUGGACAGUCAUCUCGCUCGGCGCGACCGAGACCCCCUCGCCCUUCCAAACGCAAGACUAUUGCUGCUGCUCCCAGCACUCCUUCCAACAUGUCGAAAUCCGAGGGUCCGGCCGGUGUAUCUGGUAGCAAAAACGGCGACGCCGGUGCCAGCCAACAACCAAUGUCUGACGCUGUCACGCCCAUCAAAUCAGACCACCAGCGACCAUCAUCACCGUCCCUCCUCGCAGGCAUUAUCCCUACAGGCCGCAGUCUCGAUGCAGAUCUAGACGGAGACGAAACCCUCGACGACGCCGACAAGGACGGUCUUCUCAACGAAGGAAGCGGCCACGAAGACGACGACGACUCGGAACUGUCAUACGCAGAAGACGACCAUGACGACGAGGACGAGCUAGAGGAAGGCGAGGGUGAGGGCGAGGGAGAUGAUGGAUACGGUGAUUAUUCCACUUUUGAAGGUCGCAACGGGUACGAUAGCUACUCGGAAGCCGGGGAAGAUGAUGUCGAUGGGGAUGAUGUUAUGGAGGAGUAA